UCAUGUCUGUUUCAAAUGUUUGUUUACAACUAUCUACUAACCCUGAUGACAUAAAACAUGGUCCUAAUUGUCGUUUUUUUGCAGGUAGAGCACACAUACUGUUGAUAAUUAAUAACAGGGGUCAACAUAUAGUGACCAUGUCAUUUUGGCCACUUUAAGUAUAUAUUAAUAUGUGUUUAUUAAUUAAUAAGCGUGGGUAUUAUUACUAUAUAAGUUUUUACCUUGACAAGCCUUUUUUCGAUAAACUGUUUUUAUUACUUAAUAGUUUUAGUGUAUGCGACACUUUAUGCAAGGAUACUGUGCACAUAACUUCAGUCGGAUUUUGGUUAAAAAUGAAGAUCUACAUUUUCUUGCUAAUUAUUGGAAUAUCACAGGCUAAUGAGACGUCGUUUCCAUCAAAGGAAGAACCAAGUACAAAGUCCCUCUCAACAACUACUGUAGGAAUAACACAGGCAAAUGAAACGUCGUCUCCAUCAAAGGAAGAACCGAGUACAAAGUCCCUCUCUACAACUGAUGCAGUCACAACUCAACUUCCAUUGAUGACGUUAGCUGGAGCAAAACCAAUGAGUACCAAUUCUCUGUUACUAACAACAACCGUGAAAUCAGGCAGCAAUUCGAAUCUUUCAGAAGAUAAUGCUAAUGCAAAUGACAGAAGCAUUUUAGGAAUAGUCGGUACGAAAAAUGCCGUAAACCUAGAAGAAAAAGCAAUGACAAAUACUCCUGUAGAUGUUAAACUAAACCAACGUAAUACCGAUGGGACAUUCAAAAGAAAUUCAAAAGAUACAGGCAACAAUAAAAAUAGAGACAGAACCAAUUGUAAUGUGAAGAAUAGCAAAUGUGUUCCAACUAGAGAAGAACUGAUAGCUGCAGGAGUAUCAAAUCCUGAGAUGAUGCAACAUAAAAUAAAUGUUCCACUACCAGAACUUGAGGUGAAAGAGGUACCUAACAGUAAUAUUAAUAGGGUUGAUGCCAAUUCGAAUAAACCAAAAUGUAAUGUGAAGAAUAGCACAUGUGUUCCAACUAGAGAAGAACUUAUUGCCGCAGGAGAAUCAAAUCCUGACAGGAUGCAACAUAAAAUAAAUGUUCCACAACCAGAACUUGAGGUGAAAGAGGUACCUAACAGUAUUAUUACUGCAAUUGAUGCCAAUUUGAAUAAACCUAAAUGUAAUGUGAAGAAUAACACAUGUGUUCCAACUAGAGAAGAACUGAUAGCUGCAGGAGAAUCAAAUCCUGGCAUGAUGCAACAUAGAUUAAGUGGUCCACUAGAACUUGAGGUUAAAGAAGUAACUAACAACAAUAUAACUGCAGUUGAUGCCAAUUCAAAUAAACCAAAAUGUAAUGUUAAGAAUAGCACAUGUGUUCCAACAGAGAAAGAACUUUUGGCAUCUGGGAUUGACAUGAGCGGUCUCAGACAAUUUAGUAUAGAUACAGAAAACGUUUUUCUAGGGCAAAAUGAUCAAAGCGAUUCAAAAGUAAUUAAAGAUACCAUCGCAGAAACACUUACAAGGGAUAGUUUAAGUUCUAGCCAAGCCACCGUUAGUGGGAUAGCUUCUGGUACCGGUAAAACCAAUCCAAAACAAAUUGAAGGAGCGCUUGUUAAAGAAUCUAUAGCUGAAAUCACAGAAGCAAUGAAGCCGACGACAAUGCAACAGAUUCCAGUGCCAAGUAAAACAACACAGCAGACGAAAGAAGCUGUACAAACAACGGCUAGCAGCGUACUGGAAACUCCAAAACAGGUUGUUUCAAAUAUCGCGUCACUUAAGACAAACGAAAAGGGAAAACAACUCGAGAACACUGCUGGUUUGAUAACAUCUACAAUGACAUCAAAGAUGACGUCAACUGAUAGUCAGGCAAAGCAUCAGACGACAGAACUAUAUACGUGCCCAACAGUAAAAUGUAGAAACACAUGCGUGUACGAGAGAAAGGUUAAUUCUAAUGGGUGCCAAACUUGUGAAUGUAAAUUUUCGAAUAGUUGCCCAAGAGUAACCCCUGUAUCCCGGCUCUUGUGCUUACUUCGAGCAAACACAAGUCAAAGUUGUACAUCAAAUGCAGACUGUAGGCGAAACCGGAUAUGCUGUCCCGGCACGUGCGGACCAAUUUGCAGACGGCCAUCUAGAAGUAGAUCAAUGCUUCUUUCCAUGCUUGUUGAUUAAGUUGUUUCCUCUUACAUAAUGUAGAUAGUUGUAUAGAUGUAAAUGAAUUAUUUGUAAACGAAAAACAAAAUACCUUUAUGCUGUUGAAGUUGCUUCAAGUAGAUUAAAACCUCACAU